AUGGUGGCUAUGUUUUAUGCGACACACCUUAAACAGGGAGAAUUUGAAGUAAAAAGGAUGGGCCUUGGUCUAGUAUCAUAUGGUAUCAAAUAUGGUAUUCAGGCUCUCUCCGGGAACAUCUUUUUCAACCUAUUUCUCUUUAAUCUUUGCGGUAUACCUUCAAAGGGUAUAGCUCUUUGGCUUCAAAACAGGUUUGGGCGUAGAAUUACAGCCAUCAUAUGUUACACGAUUGUUGGUAUCAGUGGCUUUAUUGUCGGCGUCGUACAAACUGUUGAAGCUCCAAACCGGGAUGCUCUCACAAACGGGUUUGCCCUUUUAGCCCAUACUGGUAUUACCAUGGCAUGGGGACCGGUACAAACGAUGACAAUCGAACUAUAUCCAACUGUCGUCAGAAAUAUUGGAUUUGGAACAUUAAGUGUGAUGGGAAGAAUUGGCGCCAUGAUUGGUCCUCAGUUAGUCUACUUGUUGAAGAAAAUGAAUACGAGGAUAAUUAUAGCUGUUUUGAUAUUGUCGUUGAUGUGUUGUGUAAAUACACAGAAGUUCCCGAAGAGGGAAGGACGAUAUCGUGAGGGAUUUCCCGGUGGUUUUUUUGUCGGGAACAGAUAUUAUUCUUACCGGGAUCCUCAAACCCGGUCAAGUAUCGGAAACGGAAAUGACGUUUUGGGAGGCGAAAGGAGAAGAACGUUUGGAAGGAAUUGGUAAAAAACAAAUCCAUGCAUAGAUUGAUGCGAACAAUUGCAGUGUCAACCUGACAACCAACACUUUUAUGUAAAACAGUUUUGCUACCAAAAUGCAACAGUUUAUUACUUCAGUGUGUCUUUUAACAAGUUUGUUUAACUUAAAAAUAUAUCUAAAUGCAGUGCCUUAUACAUCAAAACUAAUUUGCCUUUCCAUCACAAUGUACUAUGCUGAUUAACGUAGCGUCUAUUUUGACGUUAAACGGUUUACAUUAUAAAUAGCACGUACUAAGAAAGAAUUUUGUUAUGCU